ACCUUAUUCUAGAGAGAGAAAAAAAUUCAAGUAUAUAUAAAAGGGAGCGAAAUUUUUGAUCAUUACUUUAUUGUAGUAGUUGUUACCAAGCCAGGAUUAACGCAUCUACUCUAACAAUGUGGAAAUCUAUUCUGAUACUUUGCAUUUCAUUCAGUGGUUGCCUUGCUGUCCUGGAAACGUGCUCAGCUGACCGAUGUCAAAAAUUAGCACCUCCCGUUGAUCCGGAAAAUCCUGAUCAUCUCUUUCCAUCAGUGGAAAGGCUAGAAGCUGUUUGCCCGGCUAUCCGUGUAGCAACUGAUUGCAUAUUGGAAGAAUUCAGCAAAUGCGCGGAUCAAGAUCUUGAAGAACUGGCCACUUCUGACAAUGAAACUCUAGUAGCUGCUUCGAGUAUCAUUUUAGGAACGAAAGAUUUAAUGGAGGAUUUAUGUGACACAACAACUCAAAUUCAUAAAGCUUAUGCCCGAAAUAUUGGUUGCAUUAGAGACACUAUGAUGGCACCCAUGACGGUGCCCCUUUGUGCAUUCGAGGCAAAAGGUCUUUAUGGCUCUUACAAAUUUGGAGAAGAUGAAGAUGAACGAGAACGCCACUGCAUGAUGGCUGCUCAUGUAUUUGCUUGUAUUUCUGGAGACGUCUUAGAGAAGUGUGGAGAAGACGCACGGGCAACACUUGUUGAAUUACUGAAAAGAACAAAAUUCCUGAAAUACGGUAUUUGCACUCCACAGAGCAUUCUGGAUUUGAAAACAAAAUACAUCGAAUUUUUAGCUUUGGAAUCUGAACGUCGUGCCAUUUUCGAGAAAGUCUUUGACAUGAAGAAAAGAAGAAAAUAAACCAUUUUGUACAAGCUUUACGUUUCUACUAAGACUUCAACUAUUUUUUGAAGAAAUAAAACUAUAUAUUUUGUUA